GCAAUACGUCAACCGUUUUCUCAGGAUGCACCAGGAUACCGAGGAAAUCCUGACGGAUAACGGGGCAAAAUUUAGAGUGGAAGUUUUGAGGAAUCAAGUCUUACAUGGUGUCUCCAUUCGCAACACUGCUCCCCACAUAUCGCAAUCCAACGGACUGGUAGAGAACGCCAAUCGGGUGAUUAAGACCGCCCUGCGACGUAAUAUCGCGGCCAAUGACACGAGGCCUUGGCCCAAUAUCGUGGACCAUAUCUUGGCUAUCCACCGGGGGACACCCCACGAGUCCACGGCGCCCGAGGCUGAAGGGGGCGAGGUCCCGGACGACGAGGUAGAGUUGUUAAUCGUGCAGGCUUGGCGGACGAAUACGGAGGGAGAACUGUUGGGGAUACUAUUCGGCAAGGUGGAGGACGGUCAUUUGGACGCAAUCACCGACGAGUUAUUGGUGUUCUUGGGGCAGCUGGUGGACGAUUUGCCCCUCGAUAUUCUGUCAAGGUGUGACGAGAAGUCGGGGACGUACGUGCUCACUCGCACGCUUGCGCCCCAUCUUCUGUGGUCCACGUGUAUGGAGUUGGACGCAGAUAACUGCUUUUACCCGUCCCCGAGCCUCUAUCUCGAGAUUGACGUCACCGAUCUCACACAUUGGGAUCCCUUCAUCCGGCGAGGGAACGCGAUAGAAGCCAGCUACGAAGAAGAAGAAGAAGGAGAAAAGUCGGAGGAAGAAGAAUUGGGCACUAAUCAGGACGAUCCCGACGACAUUGGGUCAGAGGAAGAGGAAAGCAGAUCGGAGGAAGGCGGAGCGCAGGAACCGAGCGUCCAUUCCCCACGAAGCAGGGAAGAGGAGAAGGCUGAAGCUCAGCGAAGGCGAGAGACAGCGGAGGACAAGCGGUCGGUCGAGGAAUCUGAAGGACCACCACCACAGCUGUUGUCGGGCGAUCCAUCGCUGAACCCAGAGCCGCCGCGCGAAGAUUCCAAUGGAGCCGCAACGGAGGGAUCAGGGAGCUGACACCGCAGAAGAAGUAAAUCCCCGGCCUCGUC